AUGUUGGAAGAAAAGAAUCAUACUUUUUCUAAAGAUUUCAUCCUAUUAGGAAUAUUGGAUCCAAACAAAUAUGGAUUUCUAUUCUUGUCAUUUCUUCUCAUCAUUUUUAUGGUGGCAAUAAUGGGGAACUCAAUCUUGAUACUUCUUAUCCGCCUUGACAUCCGGCUCCACACUCCAAUGUACUUUCUACUCAGUCAUCUCUCCUUCAUGGACAUUUUGCACAUCUCGAACAUCUUUCCCAAGAUGGCAAACAACUUCAUAUCUGGCAGGAAGUCUAUCACAUUUACAGGUUGUGGAUUCCAGGUCUUCUUCUCCCUAAUCUUCCUGGGUGCUGAAUGCCUUCUUCUCACAGUCAUGUCGUAUGAUCGCUACGUAGCCAUCUGCCAUCCAUUGCGUUAUCCCAUUCUCAUGAGCCAUCGGAUCAGUGUCAUUAUGGCUGCUUCAUGCUGGCUCGUGGCAAUCAUCAACUCUACAAUUCAUACAACUUAUGUACUCUACAUCCCCUUUUGUGGCACAAGGGCCAUUGACCACUUUUUCUGUGAAGUUCCAGCCAUGUUGAAACUUUCCUGUGUUGACACAUCACAUUAUGAAAGAGGAGUCUAUGUGAGUGCUGUAUUCUUCCUCUUAAUUCCUUUUUCCAUCAUUCUUGCCUCCUAUGGUCAGAUUCUCCGUACUGUGCUUCACAUUAAAUCUAUGGAGGCCCAGAAAAAAGCCUUCUCCACUUGUUCCUCCCAUCUGACUGUGGUUGUCAUGUACUAUGGGCCAUUUAUCUUCACAUACAUGAGGCCAAAGUCUUAUCAUACUCCAGGCCAGGACAAGAUCUUGGCUGUCUUAUAUACUAUCCUCACUCCCAUGCUCAACCCUAUGAUCUAUAGCCUCAGAAAUAAAGAUGUCUUAUGUGCCAUGAAGAAGGUUUUAGGAAGUGUUCUCAUGCACAGAAAUUAA